GGGAUUCAUUUUCCCCAUACCUGGUGUACCUUUGAAAACUCUCUGACGUUUGAGAUUCUUGCAUCUCUUACAUCCUAGGCAAUAUUCUGUCAAAAGUAUUUCAAGCCACCACUUGUGAAGUAUGCUUUUGCACUAGUCUCGUAUCCUGACUGGUUUUCCUUGCUGUUUAUGUUAUGCAUCGAGUUCCUUUCACUGAUUCGUACCGCCGGGACCCUUGAAGUCUUUCGAUUUUUACCUGAUCGGAUCAACCAUUUUCUCAUAUCUUACUCCAUUGUGCCACUGUGAGGGUGGGCAAAGCUUCCCUAUUCAUGUAAAAAUCGAAUCACAUACCCCUGGCGGUUCGUAGGUUUGAUGGCGCCACUAUCCCAUAUUCAUCCGUCCAUGAUUAUCCCAUGGCCGGCGCGGAUCUACAUCUAGGACUACGCACUGCAGUGCUUCAACUCUCAAUCAUAGCGCCAAGGCUCAUUGAUGCACGGUUUGAGGGUUGUAUGCAUAUCUGUUUCCACUUCCCUCGUUGAAUUUUCUUAUUAUCUGAGCACGCCUCUUUUAAAUCUCUUGUCAUCUAAUCAAUUGUAAUUCUGCAGCUGCAGGUCACGCUCUCUAAUUACUUUUCAUAUUCUUUGCUUCAUACAACGGCUGGGCUGUUGACUACGUUCAUUAAUACCUAGAUUCAAACUUCGAAGGGCAGGAUACCAAACUAUAUUAUCUAACGGCAAUAUUGGAACCGAGGAUGAAGGGCUUUAUAAGAGCAUCGCUAUUAGUGGCAGUGGGGGCAGCAGGUCUUGCACAGGGAUAUCAGUAUGAAGCUAGAGGUUUAAGUGAUAUCAUUGCCGCUCUCGAAGGAGGAGCGAAAGGGAAAGAGAGCGCAGCGCCCGCGGUGACAAAGGAGAUCACAAAAACAAUGACUGUCACGAAAAGUGUUCAGGGAGCGGCGGCGCCGACAGGGGCUGCAAUACAAGCUGCCGGAACUGGUGGCCAAUUCUCUUUUCUCACUUCGACAGUCUUCGCUUCAGGAGCUCCCCCUACCGUCACUGUCACUCCACUACCUCAGAUGGUUACCCAAACAGUCACCGAAACGGAGCAAGUAAUGGUAACUAUGAUGGCCACGCAAAUGUCGGUAGUUACAUCCAUGGUCACUAUGACUAUGAUGCAAACAACUACGGUCAUGGUAUCAGUUACAAUGCAAGGUGCUGCACCAGCAGCAUCAAUUAGCACAUCUUUAACCGAAGCUGCCAUUCAAGGAGCUACAGUCACGAGUGUCACCACAUCAGCUGCGAUACAAGCUGGAGGAUCACCAGCUCCUGCACUUGGAGCUGCACAAGUCGCACAGCCGAAUCCUGUGGAUAUCAACACAUUCUCCUUGUCCAGCAGUUUAGUCCUUGGUAAUCUUGCUGUGGCGACAGCAGUCUGAGAUUAGAGCUUGAUGCUCGAAUAGUAAUGAAAUGGGUUUGAAAGAGAAGUAAUAUUAGAUUGUGUA